CCGGCCUUGCGGCCUGCGGGGGAGGCUGCCCGGAGGAGGCGGCGACGGUGGCAGCGGCGGCGCAUCCCAGGCCCCCAAGAGCACGACUGCCUUUCUGCCAGAUCUAUCCAUCUGGCCAUCCAGCCGCGGGGGUCCGCAAUGGCUACCUUCAGCCGCCAGGAAUUUUUCCAGCAGCUACUGCAGGGCUGUCUCCUGCCUACCGCCCAGCAGGGCCUUGAUCAGAUCUGGCUGCUCCUUGCCAUCUGCCUCGCCUGCCGCCUCCUCUGGAGGCUUGGGCUGCCAUCCUACCUGAAGCAUGCAAGCACCGUGGCAGGCGGGUUCUUCAGCCUCUACCACUUCUUCCAGCUGCACAUGGUUUGGGUCGUGCUGCUCAGCCUCCUGUGCUACCUCGUGCUGUUCCUCUGCCGGCAUUCCUCUCACCGUGGCGUCUUCCUCUCCGUCACCAUCCUCAUCUACCUACUCAUGGGUGAGAUGCACAUGGUAGAUACCGUGACAUGGCACAAGAUGAGAGGGGCCCAGAUGAUCGUGGCCAUGAAGGCGGUGUCUCUGGGCUUCGACCUGGACCGGGGCGAGGUGGGUGCGGUGCCCUCGCCUGUGGAGUUCAUGGGCUACCUCUACUUCGUGGGCACCAUCGUCUUUGGGCCCUGGAUAUCCUUCCACAGCUACCUACAGGCUGUCCAAGGCCGCCCACUGAGCCGCCGAUGGCUGCAAAAGGUGGCCCGGAGCCUGGCGCUGGCCCUGCUGUGCCUUGUGCUGUCCACUUGCGUGGGCCCCUACCUCUUCCCAUACUUCAUUCCCCUCGAUGGUGACCGUCUCCUUCGCAAGUGGCUGCGAGCCUAUGAGAGCGCCGUCUCCUUCCACUUCAGCAACUAUUUUGUGGGCUUUCUGUCCGAGGCCACGGCCACGUUGGCAGGGGCUGGCUUCACCGAGGAGAAGGAUCAUCUGGAAUGGGACCUGACAGUGUCCAAGCCAAUAAAUGUGGAGCUGCCACGGUCAAUGGUGGAGGUUGUCACGAGCUGGAACCUGCCUAUGUCUUAUUGGCUGAAUAACUAUGUUUUCAAGAAUGCUCUCCGCCUAGGGACCUUCUCAGCAGUGCUGGUCACCUACGCAGCCAGUGCCCUCCUGCACGGCUUCAGCUUCCACCUGGCCGCAGUACUGCUGUCCCUGGCCUUUAUCACCUACGUGGAACACGUCCUCCGGAAGCGCCUAGCUCGGAUCCUCAGUGCCUGCGUCUUGUCUAAGCGGUGCCCGCCUGACUGUUCACACCGGCAUCGCUUGGGUCUGGGGGUUCGAGGCCUAAACUUGCUCUUCGGGGCCCUGGCCAUCUUCCACCUGGCCUACCUUGGCUCUCUGUUUGAUGUCGAUGUGGAUGACACCACAGAGGAGCAGGGCUACGGCAUGGCAUACACUGUCCACAAGUGGUCAGAGCUCAGCUGGGCCAGUCACUGGGUCACUUUUGGAUGCUGGAUCUUCUACCGUCUCAUAGGCUAAGGCAUACAAUCCUCUUAGCACCCUCAAGACCCCUCCUUGGGGUGCCAGCUCUGAUGGAGGAUGCGGGAAGGCCCUCUCUACUCCCUUGACCCCACUCCACCCAUGAUCCCAAACACCCCUACACACACAUCCACACACACACACACCAUUCCCAUGCCUGUCAAUCCCCACUACACCAUAAGGCGGGCAGGGGGCUGGCCCCUGCUGGGGCCUAGGGGUGGGGGAUACUUGGGAAAGCAAAGAGGGGGAGAUCCAGGGCCUCCCCGCCUACCUUCUCCUUUUUUAUAUUCAGUUUGUUAUUGUCAAAUAAAA